AUGAAGCUCUAUCUGAAAGAAGGCAGACCUCAGUACCGAGACGCGCCCGGCGGUGUCUGCGCAAGAUACGUUGGCGAGCAAAGGAGUAUGGUCUUGUUCAAGAAAUUGUGGCAACAAAAGAUCAGAGGGCGUUUGAGAAACGGACCGGCCAGCGAAAGCGGCCGUCAAAGCAGGAGUUUCGAAGUCUCUGGCCACAACGUGCUCAUGCUGAAAGUCGCAGUCGGUGGCCAAAAAUCUGCCACUUCAAUCAAGCAGUCGGCGAGGCGGCCGCUCGUCCUCGGACGAUUUGAGGACAAUGGCCGUUCCGCUGCCGAGGUUCAGCGGUAUGACACCAACGGCAACUCUCUAUCAGAUGAACACAACGACCAAGGCUCUCUUAAUAUCCUUCGCUGGCGAUAUCGACCUUAUCCACUCCUUCAGCAAGCAUUCUCACAACUUACCAGGGGCAGUUUCACAGAUGCUGAUGAGGCAGGAAAGACGCUUCUACCACUUGUUCUAUCCCUAUCGGGGCAUUCGAAAUACCUGGGAAUGAGUGGUCGCAAGACUCUAAAGCAACUUUUCGGAAACAACACACAGAGUACAGUCUGCCGACCUCAAUCGCCAUAUCAGACAACCCGUCGCUUGAAGAGUGUUCCGGUGAAGACAUUGUAG